AUGGCUGAAAACGAAAAUGACGGGGGUAUAUGGGCAGUUGUGAGAAGUUGCAGCAAGAUGAACAACUCUGCUCAUGUCGAUCAUAGUGUUCAUGAGGAUCCUAAUCAUGUCAACUCUGCUCUUGUCGAUCACAGUAGUGUUAAUGAGGAUGGCAACUCUGUUAACAACACACAAGACACAACUCUUUUUCUAAAAGAAUGCAAUAGUGUUGGUGAUUUUAGAGACACAUUCGCCAUGGAAAACAAGCAUUACUUUGGGUUAGAUGAAGUUAUCAGUCUUGCCAAUAACCUGAAUACCACCAAUUCAAGAAUUGAACCCCACAACCAAACGGAAACUAUUCCAAACACCCCACUAGAGAUUGUAGAACACGAGGAGGAGGACAACGCGUUUAUUUACCGCGGGAAGAGAACUGAAAGAUAUGAAAUAUUGGCUGAGGAAUUAGGGAAGGCGGAUCAAUGGAGAUGGAGAAAGAAUACUACGAGUCCAACUGGAAAGACCUACUAUUCAUGUAGUGAAGUUAAAAAAAAAUGUCCAGCAAAGAGACAUGUUGAGCAAAGCUCAAAAGAUUCAACCAAGGUGAUCGUAUCUUACAGAGGCCAACACAAUCACCCUCCUCCUAACCAACAUUCCAAUGGUACACAGGAGACCUAA